AUGACAGUAAAAGCCAUUUUAUGCCCUAUUAAGUUGGGAAACAUCCAAUUGGAACAUAGGGUUGUUCUUGCACCCUUAACAAGAUUGAGAGCAACUGUAGAAGGAGUUCCUACCGACUUACAAUUGGAGUAUUACCAACAAAGAGCUUCAAAGGGAGGUCUGCUAUUGUCAGAAUGUGCUGGAAUUAGCCCAAUUGCUAGAGGUUACCCUCAGGGACCUGGAAUUUUCAAUCAAGCACAAAUUGAUGGAUGGAAGAAAAUUACCGAUGCAGUUCACAAGAAAGGUGGAUUUAUGUUCUUACAACUUUGGCAUAGCGGUCGUACGGGUAAAAGCCUGCCAAACGGGGACCAGAUUGUAUCAGCAUCGGCUAUCGCCGCUACUGGACAAGGCAUUCUUAAUACACCAUUUGAAGUUCCCCGUGCUCUAGAAAUUUCGGAGAUCAAGGAAAUCACAAGAGAAUUCUGUCAAGCCGCAUCGAAUGCAAUGGAAGCUGGUUUUGAUGGUGUUGAAAUUCAUUCUGCUUUUGGCUAUCUUCUGGAUCAAUUUAUUAAUACCUCGAGCAACACCAGAACUGACGAAUAUGGAGGAUCUAUGGAGAACAGAUGUAGAUUUACUCUGGAAGUCGUCGAGGCUAUUGUGAAUACUAUUGGCGCUGAACGUACAGGUAUUCGUUUGUCUCCAGGUGGAGGUGGAUUUCACAGCGCUACAGAGGAUUUUCCUGAAGUAACCUGUGCUUACAUAUUGUCUCAGUUGCAGCAACUCCACCCCACCAUGGCGUAUGUGCAUUUCAUGCAGACUCGUACCCCGGAAAACAUUAAGGACGAUUUAGCUAAAAUCUAUCGCUCUCAAUGGGAGGGCCUCGUUAUUUCAAGUGGAUUUUCAAGUGACACUACUGUGGACGCUGAAAAACAUGUGGAGAAUACUGGUGAUUUGGUGGCAUUCGGCCGUUUAUUUAUUUCAAAUCCUGAUUUGCCUGAACGUAUUCGUCAUGAUCAUCCAUUAGUCCGGGCUGAUUAUAGCACAUUUUACACCCAUGAAGCUAAAGGAUAUACAGAUUAUUCUUCAUACAAAGAAUAA